GUGGCGGCUGCGGCGGCGAAGGACGCGGACUGCGCGGGCGGCGGCGGCGGCGGCAGCCUGGGCAGCAGACUCGAGACUUCCGCGCCGGGAUGAGGGGCUGUGGCAGCGCGGCCGGCGCGCAGCCCGCCGCGCGGCACCCCCCUGUCUGACGUCAGAGCCGCCUGACCCACGGACGUGCCCACCCCGGCUCCAAGCAGACUGCGGGCGAUGGCCCAGACACAGGACUACGAAUAUGGGGGCCACGGCACUGACACCCAGGACUCCAGGAUUGCAGGGUCGAGCACCAGGCUGGAGUGGGUGGAGAUUAUCGAGCCGCGCACGCGGGAGCGCAUGUACGCCAACCUGCUCACGGGCGAGUGCGUGUGGGACCCGCCGGCCGGCGUCCGCAUCAAGCGCACCAGUGAGAACCAGUGGUGGGAGCUCUUCGACCCCAACACCUCGCGCUUCUACUACUACAACGCGGCGACGCAGCGCACCGUGUGGCACCGCCCGCAGAGCUGCGACAUCAUCCCCCUGGCCAAGCUGCAGACCCUGAAGCAGAACACCGAGUCCCCCCGUGCCUCAGCCGAGAACAGCCCCGGGCGUGCCAGCAGCACCAGCCGCGAGGGCAGUGCCAGCUCCUCCCUGGAGCCUGAGCCCGACACCAGCGACAAGGGGCAGGAGCCGCUGGGCAGGGCAAGCCGGCAGGCGCCCUUCGGCGCUACGCGGGAGGAGGGCAGCCCGUCACCAUCAGGAGCGCUCCUGGAGAGGGACUACGAGGUUUACCGGGACCACAGCGCCGACGGCCAGCUGCUCCACUACAGGACCUCCUCGUUGCGUUGGAACUCGGGGACCAAAGAGCGCAUGCUCAUCAAAGUCCCCGACCGGGAGCCCAGCUUCCUCGCCCCCCAGGGGAACGGCUACCCCUCGGACAGCCCCCUGGGGGGCCGCUCCCGGAGGCCCUCUGGCAGCCAGCAUUCCCCCGUCCUGCAGACCUUCGCCCCCGACAUGGACGUGGCCGUCUUCUUCCCUGAGAGGAAGCCCUCGCCCUUUCUGAGGCGAGCCGAGCCCGGGGGGCCCUGCUCCCCACUGCAGACCCAGCCCCGCAAACCCUCCAGCGACUCGCAGCCCCCCUCCCCUCGCUACGCCUACGAGCCUCCGCUGUACGAGGAGCCCCCUGUGGAGCUCCAGGCCCCCAUCUAUGAUGAGCCUCCGGUGGACAUGCAGUACGAGGCCAGCGGGGGCUACAAGGCAGGCUCGCCCCAGAAGUCGCCAGGGCGCAAGCCGCACCCCUUCCUGCAGUCGCCCAAGCAGGCCUCGGCCUCGCCCUACCAGCAGCUGGUGCUCGCCAAGCAGAAGGGCCCCGAGCGCCUUGUGAGCCUUGAGUACAGCCCUGCGGGCAAGGAGUACGUGCGGCAGCUGGUGUACGUGGAGCAGGCCGGUGCCAGCCCCAAGCUGCGGGUGGGCCCGCGGCCCAGGUACGCGCCCGGCCCCGGCGGCUCCUACUGCCUGCAGCCCAGCGCCGGCCUGGGCCGGGACCAGCGCCUGGAGGUCCGCUCGGGCGACUACAGCAGCAUGGAAGGGCCCGAGUGCCGGCCCGGCCCGCCGCCCACGCCACUGCCCCCCGCGCAGGAGGACGCCAUGUCCUGGUGCAGCCAGCAGGACGCCCUGGCCCCCACGGGCUACUCCCCGGGCUCCCGCAAGAGGAAGAGCCGGAAGCCCUCCCUGGCCCAGGACCCCGGCGCCUCGUCCACGGACAGCUCGGGUGGCCGCGACCUGCUGGGCGGGCAGCUGGUGGCAGAGGCGCCACGCAGGGACCGGCCAGGCGAGGCCGAGGGGGCGCAUGGCACGGCCGAGCCCUUCCUGUUCUGUGCCUUCAAGGUUCAGGCGAGACGGAGGCCUGUUUAUGCUUCUGGCUGCGCCUGGAAGGAGCUGCCCACCUCUUCCCGCUGCAGCUCUCGGGGCCUCCUGCACCAGCCCCUGAGCCUCGUUCUAGAGCGGGGGCCCCGGCAGGCAGCCGCCCAGCUGUCCCCAGCCCAGCACGGCCCUGCAGAUUGGGAGGUGUGGGCCGCCCCAUGCAUACGCAUGCAUGUACACGGACACACACACACACAUGCCCCAGGCGUGCUGGACACGCAUCCAUCCCACACGUGCUGUGUGCUAAUGCACACCCUCCCCACUGCGGUCAGGAGUCUGAGCAGGGAGCGGACACUUGCUGAGACCCCCACCUCCCGCACUCCCAGGAGCCCCAGCAGAGAAUCAGCCCCAGGGCCGCAGACGGACAGUUGCCCCCCGUGGGCCCGCAGACCUCAGGCCCUGUGUCCCCUUCAGGAAUCAGGCAGGCUGAAAGGUGCCGCCCAGGGGCCUCGGCGCUGGCCGGGUCCGAGGCCGCAUGGCCGCGUCUGGCCUGCGUUCUGUGGUCCUCACCCUUCUGUUUGCUCCCCAGUGACACGGCACAUAAAAGAUCUCCUGGAAAGAAACUCUAAGAAGAAGUCCAAAUUGAGAAAGAAACCCAAGCCUUAUGUCGAGGAGCCGGAUGGGGUGGCCAUAAGCACGUAUGCCAAGUACUGUUACCACAAGCUGCAGCGGGCAGCCCUGACCGGGGCCAAGAAGGGGCUGAAGAAGCCCAACGUGGAGGAGAUCCGGCACGCCAAGAACGCGGUGUUCAGCCCCUCCAUGUUCGGCAGCGCGCUGCAAGAGGUGAUGAGUGUGCAGAAGGAGCGCUACCCUGACCGGCAGCUGCCCUGGGUGCAGACGCGGCUCUCCGAGGAGGUGCUGGCCCUCAACGGCGACCAGACGGAGGGCAUCUUCAGGGUCCCUGGGGACAUUGAUGAGGUGAACGCCCUGAAGCUGCAAGUGGACCAGUGGAAGGUGCCCACAGGCCUGGAGGACCCACAUGUCCCUGCCUCGCUGCUGAAGCUGUGGUACCGGGAGCUGGAGGAGCCCCUGAUCCCGCCGGAGUUCUACGAGCGGUGCAUCGCGCACUACGAGAGCCCGGAGGCCGCCGUGGCCGUGGUGCACGCGCUGCCGCGCAUCAACCGCAUGGUGCUCUGCUACCUCAUCCGCUUCCUGCAGGUGUUCGCGCAGCCCGCCAACGUGGCCGUCACCAAAAUGGACGUCAGCAACCUGGCCAUGGUGAUGGCCCCCAACUGCCUGCGCUGCCAGUCGGACGACCCGCGCGUCAUCUUCGAGAACACGCGCAAGGAGAUGUCCUUCCUGCGCGUGCUCAUCCAGCACCUGGACACCAGCUUCAUGGAGGGCGUGCUCUAGCCGGCGGCGCCCCGGGGCCCGGGCGGGAGG